GCAGGGAAGAUGACGUUAGUACCAGCUGGGAGGUUUAAUCUGUAUGUAGGUCACUCUGUCUUCAUUAAACCGCCCUGAAUAACACACGGUCGCACUAGAUACAUAUGUAUGUACAGUCAGUGAAUAGCGGGUCGCCAUGCGCUGAUGAGACAUGCCGAAACAGACCGUCACGAGUGGGGAUGAGUCACACUGAUCCUCGAUCGAUCUUCGGACAUCUCAGAAACGGAUACGAUACUAGGCUCUUUCGGAUCAGCUAUUAAAGCAGACAGGAGAGAGACAAUAGCAGGAGGUCAUCGCCGCGAAAAGCGCGCCUAGGUUCAGGGUUAAAGAUGGGGAAACUUCAACAGUUCAGCAUCACGUUUGAUGAGAGUAAGGAUGUGUUCUGGGCGGGGGAAUGUGUCAAAGGUCACGUGGUUGUGCAGGCGGCAGAGGACAUGAAGAUGAAAGGUCUGUGGCUGCUGUUCUACGGACACAGCCACGUGGAGUGGGAGCGAGGCAGCGGUGAUGACACUAUAACCUACAAGGCUACAGAGACAUACUUCCACCAUGAGGUCACACUGUUCGGCAAAGCUCGUGGACAGACUGGAGACAGUGUUGUGCUGCCCACAGGCCGCCAUGUCUUCCCGUUCCAGUACCAGCUUCUUGCUGAGGGACUGCCCAGCUCGUUCGAGGGCAAACAUGGCUACGUACGCUACAUCAUCAAGGGCACCAUCUACAGGCCCUGGAAGUUUGACCACACCACGAAAACGGCAUUCACCAUUUUGGAUAAAAGCAACGAGGUUUUGCAGGAAGGGUUGAAUAGAACUCAUCCUCAUGACCUGGCCCAAGCGUCAACCACACCAGGCUGCCUGUGCAAGUCUGGGCCGGUUGAACUGCAGGUCCAGCCGGACCGGUCAGUCUACUGCCCGGGGGAGGUCAUGGUCAUCACGGGGAACCUGAACAACGACAGUGGGGAUGAUGUGACCAGUGUCGAGGCAAGGCUGGUGCAGAUUGCAACAUUCCAUGGAAACUACAGUACAUUUCUCCAAGAGAAGACCAAGACAAUAGAUGCCAAAAACAUUGUCCAGCGAGUUCGCAUCUCCGGCUGCAAGCGGGGACAGUCGUUGGCUUUUUCAUCCAGUAACGGUGCGGCUCUCCGAGUUCCCCCGCUACCCCCGCCCUCACUUCGCUUUUGCAAGAUUAUUGACAUCAAGUAUCAAUUGGAUGUUGUGGCAUGUGUGGAGGGAACACUAUGUUCCUCCAGUCUGAAGACCCAGAUCCCCAUCAAGAUUAGCCCCUACCGGCACCACCCACAUGACAGUGCCCCACCCCCCUGGGGAACACCCUGUCCAGAGCCCCCUACUCACCCUGGACCCCCUCCCUACACUCCAGGACCUGCAGUCAUCAACCAACCAACAGCCCAAGUCCCUUCUGCACCUGACCUUGGCUUUUCUUUCACGGCUCCCCCGUCAUAUGCAGAAAGCGAGUACGGAGUCAGCAGCAUCCGGGACACAGACGACACGGACUACACGAUGGGUGAGAUGAACUUUGCUCCCAAGUACGCCUACUACGACUGGAGCAGGCACGGUCAGUCAUAGCCUGGCAAACGUGGCCAUACACUUGU